GAGGCAAUAGCAAGUGUGGUCGGGCAUUUGAGUGGAGCGAUAAAUCUUGUGUAUCAUGAAGGAAGGGAGACGGAUUUCCUCCCUAGUUUUUUAUUACAAAUAUGUCCCUACAAUCACAUGUUUAAUCCCACAAAUAAUGUUCAUAACUCGCCGUCCUCUUCGCGCCAAGAACUUCGCUUCUUGCGAAGAGCCGUUUCGGCCAAAGGCAUGAUCACCAUUUACAAUCCAAUAAUCUAAGCAUUUCUCGAUUCAUUGCCUUCAGUCGCUCCUCGGAUUGGCUUUAAUAGUGCCAAAGAAAAGCGAGUUGAACGAAUGUUAAGAAAAAGAAUCCAUUAGCUCAGUAUCUUGUAUCAAUGAGUCAUGGUUCAUGAAGCCGUUUCCCUUCUGAUAAUGGUUUUCGUUUCCUCAAACAAUCCAUUAGCUCAGUAACUUAGCUUCAUUUCAAAAUGUUGCAAUGGAUGGGAGGUUCCAGGCGGAAAGUUACAACGUCAAGGAAAUCCACACAAAACAGACAAAAGCAAUAUUUUGAGCAAAGAAAAAGGCGACAGCAACUGUCCUCUGGCUCAGAGAAUUGGCAUGAUGCAGCUGACACAGGCAGGGAACAAAAAGAGCAUCGGUCAUUGGAUAUUAUAAGUCUCCUAAAUUUAUCAACAAUUCCUCAAAAGGACAAAGAUGCCAUCGAGGCCAAUACUUCAACGGUGCGGUCUCAUUUCAUGAAAGACCCAGUUCCAACCCUCUACAACAUAGAAACAUUAGAGAAAUCUGGUGACUUUGAAAAUAAACAGCAAAUUGACGAAACAGGAGCGCCAUUCGGCUAUCCAGAGGACACUUUAUCUCCAAUGAACAGAAAUGUAAGUAAUGAUCCCAACAAUGGUAAUACCGCUAAGAACAAAGUAGAUUCUCAAUCAGAACAGGGGAAGAUAUCUGUUGAGCAAAGUCUUUCUGUAUUUGAUUUGCUUGGGGAUGAUGGAAUGGCUGUUAAAUACGAAGGAAGUCCUCUGAAAGAAGCUCAUGUUGCAUUUUCAGUCGAUGGUUUGGGCAGAGUCGGAACAGAAACACCAGCAUGUUCCCCGCAGCAUGCCAGCAGAAGCUUUUCUUAUGGCUUCUCAUCUCAUCUUGAGAGAGUGCGACCUUGGAACCCCUCUAAGAACACCAAAGUGUUGGAUGACUUUGAACUUGAAGGAGAUAUCAAAAUGCACUGUGAUGAUGGUUCUUUAAAUUAUUCCUUUGACAUGAUGGAUACGUGUGAUAAUCCAAAGAAGAAAACACCUACUAAGACCCAUUUCCGUUCCGUUGAAGAUUGUAAAAGAAAUGAACAUAGUAGUAGAACUAUCUUUGAUGGCACGGAUGGAGAAAGAGAUGGAUAUGGAGGUGGAUUUAACUUCUUAAACGACAACUUUCUCGGGGAGAUGGAAUGUGAUCUCUUCGAAAAGACUCAUUUUAAUGAAAUUGGUAGCGUUCCGUCUGAUUUUUUGAACUAUGAGAAGUAUGAUAUAUCAGGAAAGGCAUUUGGCAGCCCGUAUCUACCAAAAAAGAGAGUUGCAGGUGCUACAAGAAUAAUGGACAAAUUCAACUUAUUUGAUCCUGUCGAGUCAAGCUUGAAGCACCAUACCUAUGGAUAUGAUUAUGAUUUAAUGGCGGAUGUAAAAAGGAAUCCGAAAGCCACAAGGAUUUCUGAUUUACAGGACAAAACGCAUCAACGAGAUUGGUUUUGCUCUAUGGAAGACGAUGUCACAGACAACUUCAGCUUGUUGAGUGAAGAGUCUUGUUCAACCAGUGCAGUUAGGGGUGAGCCAUUCGAUAGCACACCACUAAACUCAAAUCCGAAACAGAGCAUGAGAAGAGCGAUGGAUGAUGAUGCUGGCCCUGGGAAUAGUUACAGCGUUAACAGUAUUUACUCCAGGGACCCACAUUACAAAAUCAAGGACGAAGAGCCAAAAAAGUAUGUGAGAGAAUCAAAUUCAUCGAAAUCCAAUCCAGUCCAUCACACAAACUCUCCUUUCAUGGAAAAACCACAGACAUUUAAAACCUGGUCGUUUGAGAAAGAAUUUAACUUCAGCUCUCCAUGUCAACGUCCAGUAGCAGAUUGUCCAUUCAGAGGCUCUAUGCCUUGGAAUGAAUAUCCCUGCACCGAGUCAUCUCUUCCCGAAUCCUCCUUCACAAACAAACACGUCGAAACUGUUCCUCGUCCUUCUAGCACUCCAAUCUCCAAAAGACCUUCCUUUCAUCCAUCAAAUAUAGCGACUGCAGUUCUCGAGUGCAACCCGUGUUCAAAUUCAAAAUUUGUACGCACGUAUACCAGCAUGACAGAGACUACAAGUUCUCAUGGAGAAGAUCAGAUUUCUCCUGUACUAUCAGCUCAGGGAAGUGUAGGUACGUGUGAAAAAAGUGGAUCCAAAGCUCCAUCAUUAGGAAGUGAAAAGGUUGAUUUUCAUGAAGACAAAUGCAACAGAAUUAGAAGCAAGGUCUGUGUAGAGGACACUAACGAAGAUUGGUUGGAUGAUUCGAAUCUUGAGAGGAAAAAUUGUGAUAGCAUCAGAAAUGAAACGGAAAAUGAAUCUCCAGCAGUGGAGAAUUUGGAAGCCUCCCAUGAUUCUGACCUUGUAAUAAACGGUGGCAAAACCAACAAAUUUAACCCUGAUGAUAAAGUUUCUGUUCCAUAUUCUAAAGAGGAAAAGGAAGUAGAAGAUGUUAAGGUAGAAGGAAGAAAGAGGAGGAGCAAAAGUUGCAACAUGGUGGACUCAUCUUCACAAGUGAUGAUGCUUGAAAGUUAUGUUCUUCAGCUUCUCUUCGUGCAAAAGGUACUUCUAAAACAAGCAUCUUCACAGGAUUUUAUAAAAAGAGCAUGAAACUUCUACUCUUUAGUCAUUUUGAAUCUUGAUCACCAUUUGAGAUUUGGCCCUUUUCAUUUUUACUCUUCAUCUACUGAAAAUUUUAUAGUUUUGUCUGAAUAUUACGCGCUUUUGCCUUGAAGUUUCUUGUAUUAUAGAACUUAGUUUUCAGGGUGUCAAUAAAUUGAUGAUAAAGAGUAAAGACAUCUCAUUUGGUCCAUAAUCUCAAUUUCUCGUAAAGCCUUUUUCUUUUU